AGCUAGGUGCUCCAAGGGCGGGGAAAGAGCAAAAAAGUGGGAGAGAGGCUGGGAUAGCAUAGAGGCACCGUCUGCAUGCAGAGAGGCAGCAGCACCUAAAUUCUCCUGUCCCCGAAAUUUGUGCCUCCGCAGAAAGGGCAACUGCAGUGAGAGAGGAGAAAAAAAGAAAACGUGUGUAAAUCUCUGGCUUUGCCUUUCUACCUGUAAUUGUUUUAAAACUGUAUCACGAUGUCCAGUAGCCCUGUGACAAGGGUGCUGGCUGUCCUCCUCAUCGGAGGAGUUGCUGUAAACGGUUUGCCAAAGGGCACCGGGAAAUCCAGGAGGCAAGCACAGGAGAUCUAUCCGGCCGGGGGGAGCGCGCCAGUGGUAUCAUCGGUGUCUCAAGAGGGCUGCAUUGAAAAUGGACAAUUUUAUGGAAUUAACGAACAGUUUGAACGGUCCUACCUGGGAAGCAUGCUCAUAUGCACAUGCCACGGAGUUGGUGGAAUUAAGUGUAAAACAAAGCCCGAAGCCGAGGAGACAUGCUACGACAAAGUCAACUCGCGUUCCUACAAGGUCGGCGAGACGUACGAGAGACCCAAGGAUGGGAUGAUCUGGGACUGCACGUGCAUCGGCUCCGGGCGAGGAAAAAUCAGCUGCACCAUUGCGAACCGCUGCCACGAAGGAGGGAACUCCUACAAGAUCGGGGACACCUGGAGGAGGCCACACGACACGGGGAACUACAUGCUGGAGUGCGUGUGUCUCGGAAACGGCAAGGGGGAGUGGACCUGCAAGCCCGUGGCCGAGCGUUGCUACGACAACACUGCAGGCACCUCCUACCUGGUGGGGGAGACGUGGGAGAAGCCCUACCAGGGCUGGAUGAUCGUGGACUGCACCUGUCUCGGAGAGGGUAGCGGCCGCAUCACCUGCACAUCCAGAAACCGCUGUAAUGACCAGGACACCCGUUCGUCCUACCGCAUCGGUGACACAUGGAGCAAGACGGACGCGCGUGGCAACGUGCUGCAGUGCCUGUGCACGGGUAACGGGCGCGGAGAGUGGAAGUGCGAGAGGCACGCCUCGCUUCACACCAGCGGACUGGGUACCGGUUCUCGUGUGGUCUCCAACAUCCAGCCGGCAGUGUUCCAGCCGAUGGUUCCUGGUCCCGAGGUGGCGUUGGAGGACUCCUGCGUGACUGACUCAGGCACGGCCUACGCCCUGGGCAUGCGUUGGAUCCGUAGCCAGGGCAACAAGCAGAUGCUCUGCACAUGCCUGGGCAAUGGGGCCAGCUGCGAGGAGUGGGAGGGCCAGUCUCAGGUGUAUGGUGGCAACUCUGACGGGCAGCCGUGCGUGUUCCCCUUCGUGGCCAUGGGUAAGACCUACUACUCCUGCACCUCAGACGGACGCAGCGACGGACAGCUCUGGUGCAGCACCAACUCCGACUUCGAGACCGAGCACAAGUACUCCUUCUGCACAGAGAAGAACGCCCUGCCGGUGUCGACGCGUGGCGGUAACUCCAACGGUGCCAUCUGCCACUUCCCCUUCCUCUAUAACGGCCGCAACUACACCGACUGCACGGCCGAUGGCCGCCGCGACGGCAUGAAGUGGUGCGGCACCACCUACAACUACGACGGGGAACAGCGCUUUGGCUUCUGCCCCAUGGCAGCACAUGAGGAGGUGUGCACCACCAGUGAGGGCGUGAUGUACCGCGUGGGGGACCAGUGGGACAAACGCCACGACGUCCUGGGUCACAUGAUGCGCUGCACCUGCGUAGGCAACGGACGCGGCGAGUGGAGCUGUAUGGCCUACUCCCAGCUUAAAGACCAGUGUAUUGUAGACGGGCUGACGUAUGAUGUGAAUCAGACCUUCACUAAGCACCAUGAGGAGGGCUACCUGAUGAACUGCUCCUGCUUUGGACAGGGAAGAGGCCGCUGGAAGUGUGACGCUGUUGACCAGUGCCAGGAGCCGGAGACCAGAGUGUUCUACCAGAUCGGAGACUCCUGGGACAAGGUCAUCCAGGGUAUAAGCUACAAGUGCUAUUGCUACGGCAAUGGUGUUGGAGAGCUGAGCUGUGAGCCCCAGCAGUCUUUCCCAGGUGGUCAUCGUCCUGUUCAGGUCAUCAUUACUGAAUCUGGCAACCAGCCCAACUCACACCCCAUCCAGUGGAAUCCCCCGCCCUCCACACACAUCACACAAUACCUCCUCAAGUGGAAACAGAAAAACACCCAGGGCCCGUGGCACGAGGUGAACAUCCCUGGCCACCUCAACUCCUACACCAUCUCUGGCCUGAAGCCCGGCAUCACCUACGAGGGACAGUUGAUCAGCGUGCUGCGAUUCGGACACAGAGAACUCACACGCUUUGACUUCACCACCACCUAUGGAUCACUGGCGACUGCCGAGGGUGAGACGACCCCUCCCCCGCCCACGGUGGACAUCUCGGAGUCGGUGACUGAGAUCACCUCCAGCAGCUUCGUCAUCUCCUGGGUGUCCGCCUCCGACACCGUCUCAGGCUUCAGGGUGGAGUACGAACUCACUGAGGACGGGACCACGUCCUCGCAGCCUGUUGUCCUGGACCUGCCCCGUACGGCCACCUCUGUGAACAUCAAUGAGCUGCUGCCUGGACGCAAGUAUACCGUCAACGUCUACGAGGUCACUCCAGAGGGAGAGGACAACCUCAUCCUCACUACCUCACAAACCACUGCUCCUGAUGCGCCUUCUGACCAUGAGGUGGAGGAUGUGGAUGAGACCUCCAUCACCGUGAGCUGGGAGAAACCACUGGCUCCCAUUACAGGUUACCGUGUGGUCUACACCCCGUCUGAGGAGGGCGGCAGCACAGAGUUGAACCUGCCGGACACGGCGACCUCGGUGACCCUGAGUGACCUGAUGCCGGGUCGGCAGUACAACAUCAGCAUCUACGCCGUGGAGGAGAGCCUGGAGAGCGAACCGGUCUUCGUACAGGUCAACACCGCCGGAGACCCACUACCAGAGGAGGUGCCCUCCCCCACCGACCUCCAGUUCUUCGACGUGUCGGACUCCAAGGUCACGCUGACCUGGGCCGCCCCCAACACCGAGGUGUCCGGCUACCGCGUCUCCGUGGCGACGGUGGGCGGCGACGGGCUGGACAACGAGCACCUCCAACUGCCAAUCACGCGCAACGCCUACAUGGAGGUCACGCCCCUCAUGCCCGGCACCCUCUACCGCUUCUACGUCUUCACGCUCAAGGGAGGAGAGGAGAGCGAACCCCUCGUGGGGGUGCAGGCCACUAAACCCGACUCCCCGACCGACAUCCACUUCUCCAACGUGACGGAGGACAGUGCCCUGAUCGUGUGGGGCCCCCCGAGGGCCCAGAUCACCGGCUACCGGCUCUUCCUGGUGGUGGAGGGCUCCAGCGGCGCCGGGGCCGGCCCGGGCGCGGGCCCCAAGCAGCUCCGCAUCCCCGCGCGCCUCAACCAGUACACGCUGCUGAACCUGCAGCCCGACACCCAGUACACGGCCACGCUGCACGCCGAGAGGGACAACGUGCUCAGCGAGGGAGCGGCGGCCGUCUUCACCACUACCCAGCCCAUGGGUAAUGCUCCACGCUUCAACACUGAUGUGACCGACACCUCCAUCACCGUUUCCUGGACGCCGGUGCCCAAAGUCAGCUACAAGUUGACGGUUAGGCCCAGUCUAGGCGGAGAGGCCCCCAGGGACGUGACCUCUGACUCGGGCACGGCGGCAAUCUCCGGCCUGACCCCCGGCGUGGAGUACUCCUUCAGUGUCCAGCCAAUCAUUGAGGGCGAAAACCAGGGCCAGCCAAUCACACGCCGCGUCACCACACAUUUGUCUCCUCCCACUGAGCUAGACCUGAAGUCCAAUCCCAAUACAGGAGAGCUGACGGUCCGAUGGGAGGACGCCAAUACUCCAGACAUCACAGGCUACAGAGUGAUGUGCACGCCGACCAACGGGCAGGAGGGCAACUCUGUGGAGGAGUUUGUGAAGGCGGGCCAGACGUCGUGCACGCUGGACAACCUGAGCCCCGGCGUGGAGUACAACGUCAGCGUCACUACCGUCAAGGACAACAUGGAGAGCACCCCCGUCUACACCACCGUCACACAGGAGAUCCCCAAGGUGACUGACCUGGAGUUCGUGGACGUGACGGACAGCUCCAUCGGCGUGUCCUGGAGCCCGCUCAACUUCACCACGGUGACGGGCAUCCGCAUCACGGUGGUUGCCGCGGGUGACAGUGUGCCCAUCUUCGAGGACAUGGUGGAGCCCACGUCCGGCUUCUACACUGUCUACGGCCUAGAGCCCGGCAUCGACUAUGACAUCACCGUCGUCACGGUCACAGAGAAUGGCGAGAGCGAGCCCACCACCCACACGCAGCACACUGCGGUGCCGGCCCCGGUUGACCUGGGAUUCAAGGACGUGACCCCUGAGAGCAUGCUGGUGUACUGGACCGCCCCUAUCGUGCCCAACCCCCAUGACAUCAACCGCUUCCUGAUUCGCUACCACCCCAUCGACAUCGACCAUGACAUCACAGAGCGCAGCGUCAGCGGAGCCUUCAACAACCUCAUACUCAGGGAUCUGCUGCCCAAUACCGAGUACCUCGUGAGUGUGAUUUGUGUGUACGAGAAUCGUCAGAGCUCUCCUCUCGUCGGCACCCAGAAGACAUUGCUGGACUCCCCUACGGGUCUGCGUUUCUCUGAGGUGUCCACCUCCUCCUUCACGGUGCACUGGCAGGCCCCGCGGGCGGCCAUCACGGGCUACCGCCUGCGCUCCCAGAUGGUGCGUGGGGGCCGGGCCAAGGACGAGAGGCUGCCCCCCUCCCGCAGCCACUUCACCCUGACGGGCCUCAGCCCCGAGACGCAGUACACCAUCAGCGUCUACGCCGUCAACGCCCACCAGGAGAGCGAGCCACUCACAGGACAACAGGCCACCAUCUCAGACGCCCCCACUGACCUUGAGGUGACCUCCUCGUCCCCCUCCAGCAUCACCAUCCGCUGGGACGCCCCCAACUCCGUCACCGUGCGCUACUACAGGAUCACACACGGGGAGACAGGUGGUGAGAGCCUCCCUAAGGAGUUCACUGUCCCGGGUACCCAGUCCACUGCCACCAUCACGGACCUGAAGCCUGGCACCGACUACACCGUCACCGUGUACGCUGUCACAGGCAGAGGGGACAGUCCUGCCUCCAGUACCCCCAUCUCCGUCAACCACAAGACAGACAUUGAGUCUCCUCUUGAGAUGGAGGUGACUGAUGUGAAGGAUAGCACCAUCACUGUGCGCUGGACCCCAGCUGUGGGCCCCGUCACUGGGUACCGCGUCACUGGCGUGCCCCGAAACGGCCAGGGCAACUCAUUCACAGAGACAGUUGCCCCAGACCAGACGGAGUUGACGUUCUCUGGCCUCAUGCCCACCAGUGAGUACGUGCUGAGCGUCUACGCCCUGGGACAGGACGGAGAGAGCCCACCACUUGUGGAGACGGUAGUCACUACCGUGGACCGCCCUAAAGACCUGAUCUUCUCGGAGGUGGAGGGCACGUCCAUGCGAAUCAGCUGGGAGAGCCCAGACGGCAGUGUGAGCUCCUACCGCGUUACCUACGCCAGCCCAGAAGAGGGCGAGAGAGUGCUUUUCCCGCCACCCCGCAAGGACGACGAGUCGGCUCUGAUCACGGGACUGAGACCCGGCACGGAGUACACGGUCAAGGUCAUCGCCCUGCAUGACCUCACGCCCAGCACGCCUCUCACGGGGACACAGGCCACAGCCAUCCCGUCUCCGACGGGUCUGGAGUUCUCCCAGGUGGGCCCGUCCUUCUUCACGAUUGGCUGGCGCUCCCCCACGGCCCAGCUGACUGGCUACCGCGUGGUCGUCAACCCCACCAGCAAGAGUGGGCCUACUAAAGAGAUCAACCUGGCCCCAGACUCAACACAAGUACACGUGCCAGGACUCAUGGUGGCCACAGCUUAUGAAGUGCAGGUGUUUGCUCUGAAGAACUCCCUCACCAGCCGACCCCUAAAGGGAGAGAUCUCCACUCCUGACAACAUCACUCCCCCGCGGCGUGUGCGCAUCUCCAACGUGAAGGACUCCUCCAUCAGCCUGACGUGGCGCUCCAAGUCUGACGCCAUCUCCGGCUUCCUGGUGGAGGCCAUACCCAGCGCGGAGGGAGAGAGCACCAUACAGAGAUCUAUACCGCCAGAGGCACGCACGUACACCAUCACAGGUCUGCAUCCUGGUACCACCUACAGCAUCAACAUCUACACACUGAGUGGCAACGGACGCAGCGAGCCCUUCCGCCUGACCGCCACCACCACCAAGCCCGUGGUGAGCCCCCCCACCUCGCUGCGCUUCACCUCCCUGACCCCCUCCUCCAUCUCCUUCAGCUGGGAGCCGCCCCGCAGCCCCAUCACCGCCUACUACAUCACCUACGAGGAGGCCGGGGCCGGCACCGUGCCCAGGGAGCUGCUGCCCAGGGUGCCCUUCACACGCUCUGUUGCCACCAUCACCGGUCUGAAACCAGGUACAGAGUACAUCAUCAAGAUCGUUGCCCUCCAGAACGCUCAGAGGAGUACACCCCUCACUGGCAAGGCCACGACUCAGGUCGAGACGUCCCAGCUCCUGGUUCCUCAGCUGCCCCUCCCCCACCGCCCCUCUCCCUCCAUCCUGGACGUGCCGGACGAGGAUGAGAACGGUGGGACCGGAGUGGUGGGAACCGUACUGGGGAGCGGAACCGACUUCCAAACCAACCACGUGCACCUGGUGGGACCCAAUAACCGCGACCCCCUUUCUGGCCAGCAGGGGCAGCACAUCUACACCGAGUACCAGAGCCUGGGACCCAAUGAACAGGGCCAGGUCCUGGGUCCUCGUCAGCACGAGCCCCUGGUCUACAUCCCGCGCCCGGGGCCCGACGGCGUGAGGGUGCCCCUGGUGCGGGUGAGCGAGGGGCCCCUGCCCGGCCUGGCAUCCUUCGGUUUCCCCGACAACGAGACGGGCUGGGCGCCCCAGGAGGCGCAGACGCACACCACCAUCACCUGGGAACCGUUGGCAGGCACCGAUGAGUACGUGGUCACCUGCAGCCCCCUGGUGGAGACAACCGAGAAGACAUUCCAGAUGCGUCUCCCGGGCUCCUCCAGCAGUGCGACCCUGAUCGGCUUGACCCCCGGAGCCUCCUAUAAUGUCCUGGUAGAGGCCAUCGACGGGGCCAAUAAGCAGCCAGUCCUCGACAAGGUCAUCACCGUCGGCAACACAGUUCCAGGUUCGGUCCCAGUGAGCAGGGACGCGUGCUACGACACCUUCACAGCGACGCACCACGAGGUGGGGGAGGAGUGGGAGCGCAUGUCUGAGACGGGCUUCAAGCUCUGGUGCCGAUGCCUGGGGCUGGGCAGUGGCCAUUUCAGAUGCGAUUCAUCCAAGUGGUGCCAUGACAAUGGUAAUAACUACCGCAUUGGGGAGAGGUGGGAUCGCCACGCUGAGAACGGGCACGUGAUGAGCUGCACUUGCCUCGGCAACGGCAAGGGAGAGUUCAAGUGCGAACCACAUGAGUCCACGUGCUAUGACGACGGCAAGAUGUACCAGGUUGGCAACCAGUGGCAGAAGGAAUACCUGGGAGCCAUCUGCACCUGUACCUGCUACGGAGGACAGCAGGGCUGGAGGUGUGAGAACUGCCGUCGUCCCGGAGCAGCUGCUGACGUGGACGCUGACCUGCUGCAGCCCAUACACACCAACGCCUUCGACCGCUACCGAGAGAACGCCCUGCGCAAACUGAAUAUCCAGUGUCCUAUUGAAUGCCUGAGACCAGACUUACUGGCAGAUGCCCAGAACCCUACAGAGUAAUACCCAAUCCCCAACACCCCCACCCCCACCAAUGCCACGCCCCACUCAUACCUUUGUGAGGAGCCUUUAUGUGAAGAAAGUAAGAAAGGUCCUCCCAAACACCCCCCCCACCCCACCCCAUCUCCACUCGCGCAAAAAAGGAAGAGACACAAAUUAUGCCCCAUCCCAGUUCCCAGCUUCAAAAUGGCUGACUUGAGGAGAUAUAGGGUGCUGAGAUGGGGCCCAGGCUAACAAGUCUUCCUUUGCCUGUUCCAAUCUUGAUGGUGAUUGGACUAAAUCUUGGACUGGAUCACCUCCCCCAACCCCUACCACUCCAUCCUACUGCACCUUGCUGUACACCUGCCUGUUUUUAAAUAUGACUUCUACUGCACCACAUCCUCUUCCAUCACUUCCUAUGUAUAGGGUGUCUUCUUCACCUAUGCGACUCCCUAAAAAUGGGGCAUUUCAUGCAGCUGGAUGUAACUUUACAAACUUAAGUCUUUGAGAUGUUCUGUUGUGCACUCAUGAACACCCUGGGCCAUCACGGUUAUCAUAGUAGCCUGUUUGAUGUGUUGAAAAUCUCCUCAGAAAUGAUCAAAAUCAAUCGCCAUACUGUAACCCUCUUUGUCUUCCAUGCCAGAAAGUGUUCCAAGUUAUUAAGGUUAAUGUAAAGCUGAGGGGUAGGUUGAGGAUCACAUUUGAGGGAUGUAGAACCUCACAAAGACCUCAGGUUCUUAUAGUCUAAUCCAUCCACACAAAAUGUCAUUUUUCAAGGAGUCUCAUUCUUUUACUGGCUGUCCCUUUAAUAGAUCGUCCGUUUCCCAAGAUUGCCAGUAGACAUUGACAAUGCAAAGACUAACCUAUGCAAUAACCAAUAGAAAGAGAGAACACACACCAAAAAAAUGUCCUACACAGUUGCCAGUAGGCAAUGAGAGCACAAAAGUGACCUUUGUAGGCUAGCGAAACUGAGUGUUAGUGCCUUAUAGUAUUCCCUAUCUGAAGGAUGAUGCCUGAAGGAUGUUUUUUACUCCUUACGAUAAGCAGAGGCUGUGAGGGCCAUAGAGAGAGAAUGAAGACUGGCCGUCCUUAGUCAAAUGUUCGACCUCCCAAUAUAGGCCGGAUUGUUUCUCUCUCUCUCUCUCUCUCUCUCUCUCUCUCUCUCUCUCUCUCUCUCUCUCUCUCUCUCUCUCUCUCUCUCUCUCUCUCUCUCUCUCUCUCUCUCCCCCCCCCUCAUUGCCAACCCUGUAAUGGCCAAAGUUUAAAAAAAACAUAAACAUUUUCAAACUGUUCUCAAAUUCAAGCACUGACUUAACAUGCUAGUUUAACAUGCUGGCUUUUCUCUAUUUUUUUUUCUUCAAAAAACAUGAUUGGUUAUUAUUUUACAACUGUAGUCCUGAUUUUAAUUUCCUGGCAAUAGGGGAAAGCACUGUGGUUCUAUUGAUGGAUGAAUUGAGUAGAAACACACUUAACUGAUAUUGACUUGGUUUAGUGUUGUAUUGUGUUUUUUGUUAAAAAUUGACUUUUUGUGUUUUUAAAUUGUUUUAUUUAUCCCAAUAUAUGUUAAGCAUUUUUUGUCUGAAUGCAAAUCAUGGGGUGUACACUUUUUUGUUUCAUGUUUUAUAUUGUAGGUGUCAAAGUCUAAACUACUGUGGACUUAAAAUCCUUUUUAAUAAAGUUUUACAAAAACAU